GCCAUGAGUCUUUACAGGAUCACAUGAUGGAGUCUGUGUGCCCUGCAGAGGACUCCGUAACCGAGGGCAGCACAGAGGACAUGUCUGAAGAUCAGCCUCCAGUCUCUAGAGUGGAGAUACAAACUAUUUACCGCGUAGAGCUGCACGUGGCUGUGAACUAUGUCCCUGAAAGGUUCAUGAAGUCCAGUGCGCUGUACUUCCUGCGGAGCACGAAGGAGACGAUGGUUGAGCCGGCGGACCUGACGGAGGCGGGAGAGCUGAUGCCCGAGCUGCUGCAGCUGGGCCUCGUUAGUGGCCACUGUCUGCUCAUGCUCAGGAACACACUCCAACACGUGUACAUCCCCCUACUGUCUGUGAACCAGCUGAAGUUCACUGAUGGAGGCUACCAGCAGGUGGCGCUAGGCUCUGAGGGUGGAGACAUGGGCCAGCAGGUGCAGGUGGAGUCCCGUGGCAUGCCAGUUGUGCGAGACGAACUUCUCAACAGCGCUCACAAGUUCCUGGGCCACAUAGACAGGACUCUGCAACAGAUUGAGGGUGAGAUUAAAUUACACAUCCCAGAGCUAGACCUGGAUCAGGACAUGGAGACACUCUUGGCCAGUCCACAGGUGGUGGAGGAGCUUGAGCAAUGUGUCAUGAACUGGCAGGCUCAGAUCACCAUCGUCAUCGAGGAACAGCAGAAGAAGAAACCCCAGGCCCCCGGGCCCAUGGCAGAGGUGGAGUUCUGGCGCGAGCGAGCAGCUGUACUCAGUGCCCUCAGCGAGCAGCUCAAACUUCCAGUGGUGAAGAAGGUCCUGGAGGUUAUGACUCUGGCUGAUCCCGUCACCGUGCAGAACCUGGACCUGACUGUGACUGAGCUGGGCAGCUACCACUUGGAGGCUACGGAGAACGUUCGCUUCCUCGGAACUCUGGAGAGGCACUUUAAGAACCUUGCAACAGGGCUGAAUUUCAACGUGAUCCUGGACACCCUCCCUCUCAUGAUGAGCAGCCUGCGGAUGGUGUGGGUCAUUUCCAGCCACUACAACACAGACGAACGCAUGGUGCCUCUGAUGGAGAGCAUUGCCUGGGAGCUGGCAGAGCGAGUAGCACGCGUCAUCGACGUCCGUGUGCUCUUCAAAGACAGGCGAGAAGUGUCCAAGGCCAAGAUCCUGGAUGGUAAGCGGAUUCUGGACCAGUGGAAAGCCUGCUACUUUGACGUCCGAGCCAAAAUUGAGAAGUCAGGCAGGGAUGCACGUUGGGAGUUUGAUCGCAAGAAGCUCUUUGAGAAGACAGACUACAUGGCUUCAAUCUGCCAGGAUCUCUACAAUAUACUGCAGACCAUGGACGAGUUUUACAGUAUCUUUGGUCCGGAGCUGAAGGCAGUGACGGGUGAUCCAAAGAGCAUAGACGAAGUGCUUCGCUGGGUGGACACCCUGGUGGAGCCCAUCCAGGAGCUGAACUUUGACCCCUACAAUAUCCGCAAGAUGGGAAGUUGGAAGAUGGUCAUGGAGGAUUUCAAGAGCAAAGUCCAGGCUAUUGAGGGAGAGGCCAUCAACUUCAUUGACGAGUCAUUCAAAACCCUGCGUUCAGCUUCCGCAGCCUUUGACAUGCUGCUGAAGUUCAAACACGUCCGCUCCAGAGAAGCUCUCAACAGCCAGAUGAUGAAGAAAUUCAGUGACAUCCUAGCUCAGUACUGCAAAGAGGUGGAUAUAAUAAAUGAGAUGUUUGUCCAGCACAAAGACAACCCACCUCUGAAUAAGAACCAGCCCCCGGUAGCAGGGGCCAUCUACUGGGAACGCUCUCUCUUUCAGCAACUCAAAAACACCAUCAUACGCUUCCAGGAGGUGCCUGAAAUACUGGAGAGUAAACAGGGGAAAGCAGCCAAGGCGCAUUACCUGGCCGUGGGCAUGCACAUGCGCAGCUAUGAGGGCGAGAAGUAUGAGCGCUGGAGGGAGAAAAGCGAGCAGACCCUUCCGCAGCUCAUGAACCAGACCAUUCUCCUGCUGCUCGACAGCUCCGGGGCUGUCUACAAUGACAAGGAGCAGGACUUGGGCAGGGAGCUUCGCUUUGUGGUGAACUUUGCCCCUGAGCUGAAGGAGAUCAUCUCUGAAACCAAGUACCUGGAGCAGCUGGGCUAUGCGGUCCCCGAGCUGGCGUGGAACGUAGCCCUACAGGAAGACAAGCUCCUCAGACACGUGGAUGGACUGAAGAAUGUGGUGACGCGCUACCACGCUCUGAUGGACAGCCUGAAGGACGCAGCAUUUAUGCUGCUGUCCACACAGGUUCUGGAGCUGAGGAAAGUGAUGCGUGCCGGACACAGAAGGCUGAACUGGAACGCCCUGGGCAUUGCUGAGUUCAUCGGCCGAUGCAGCCAGGCGACCUCAAAGUUCGAGUCCCUGGUGAAUCAGCUUCAGAAGAAUGAAAAAGACAUAGAGGACAAACUUUUGUCCAUAGAGUCAGCAAAUCUCUUUAAGUUCCCAAUACCAGACAAAGCAGGUGCACUACCAGGAGUGAAGGAGUUCUUUGAGCUGAUUGAGUGCGAGAGGGCCAAAGACAUGAACCUGCUGAGCCUGAAGUAUGCAGCCAUGGGGCCGCUGCUCACCAAGCUGGAGAGUCUGAUCAUGGAGACAGACAGCAGCAGGGCCACGCACAUGGCCCACUACUACUCAUACUGGGAACGCAAGGUCUACACCUCCCUCACCAAGAUGGUGCUGAAAAACCUUCAGGUGUUCAACGCCGCCCUGAGGGGCUCUACCCCACUGUUCCAGAUCGAGGCCGUCUUGUCUGCCCCGGAGAUCGUGCUGCACCCCAAGAACAGUGAGGUGUACCGGCUCAUUAUGCAGAGUGUGCGGGACUGUGUGGAGACCACCAAGCUGUUUGUCCGUUGGAUGUGUGGCACAUGUAUCGAGUGCCCAGCCCAGCGCGUGGACGGCGAAGAAGAGCCAUUCAUCUUCAGCUUCUACACCGAUGUGUGCCAGCUGCCCGAGGUGAACGAGCGUGCCCUGGCCGUGUCCCAGAGUGCCCAGCGGCUGCUCAGCUCUCUGGGCCGCUACCUGAACCGCUGGAAGCGAUACCGCCCCCUCUGGAAGCUCGACAAGGUCAUCGUCAUGGAGAAGUUUGCCGCUAAGAAGCCCUCGUGCGCGAUGUACGAUGAGAAGCUGCAGUUCUAUUCUCGCGUCAUCCAGGAGGUGGCACAGCAGCAGCUGGUAAAGGACGAGCACAUGGUCAGGCUAGUUCUGGAGCCCCUGGCCUGCACUGUGCAGGAAAACGCCCAGGCCUGGCUCACCUCCCUGGGCCGCCUGCUUAACCACUCCGCCCGGGAAAACCUGGACGCCCUGCACAGUGAGCUCCAGCAACUGUCAGCCAAUCUAAAGAGGACUCCGGGCACACUGAAUGACCUGAAGUUUGUCCUUGGCACCAUCUCAAACAUCCGAGACAUGUCUCUGACGGUGGAGAUGAGAAUCACAGACAUCCAGGAGAGAUACAGGACUCUGGCCAUGUACGGCGUACAGGCCCCGGCAGAGGAGAUGCCAUUGGUAGCCAGUAUUUGGAGCGUGUGGGAUGGUCUGGUGUCUGAGGCCAAGCAGGUAGAUCGCAGUCUGGGCAGAGUGAAGAAGACCUUCACCGAGAUAACUAAGGAACAGAUAGAUCAGUACAAGCAGGAAGUGGCCAUCUUCUCCGAGAGCUAUAACACGCAUGGGCCAGGAGCCGUAGGGGACGAUCUGGAGAGAGGACUGAUAAUCAUGGGCACCUAUGAGACAGAGCUGUCUAAGAUGGAGGCGGGCCGUCAGGAUCUGGCCAAUGCUGAGAGGCUGUUUGACCUGCCAAUCACCACGUACCCGGAGCUGCUCAGUGUGCAGAGGGAGAUGAGAGGACUACGGCAGAUCUACGAUAUCUACGGGGCGCAGAAGGCUGCUAAGUCAGUGUGGUCUCAGACUCUGUGGGUGAACCUGAACAUCCAACUCCUGCAAGAAGGUGUUGAAGGCUUCAUUAAGAGCCUGAGGAAGCUGCCCAAGGCCGUGCGUGCUCUGCCUGUGGCCUUCUUCCUGGAUGGACACAUGAAAGAGUUCAAAGACUCUCUGCCCCUGCUGCUGGACCUGAAGAAUGAGGCUCUGAGAGACAGGCACUGGAAGGAGCUGAUGGAGAGGACAGGCACCAGCUUUGAGAUGAACCCUGACACCUUCACCCUGGAGAACAUGUUCACCAUGGAGCUGCACAAACACGGCAAUGUCAUCGGAGACAUCGUCACCUCUGCCGUCAAAGAGCUCAGCAUCGAGAAGGGUGUGAAGGAGGUGGUGGAAACUUGGGAGAACAUGAAGUUCAGUGUGCAGCGUUACUUCAAAGGCACGCAGGAGCGCGGCUACGUACUGGGCGCUGUGGACGAGGUUCUGCAGAGCCUGGACGACAAUGCCAUGAACCUGCAGAGCAUGGCAGGCAGUCGCUUCAUCGGGCCCUUCCUCGCUAGCGUUCAGCAGUGGGAGAAGAACCUGUCACUCAUCAGUGAGGUCAUUGAGGUUUGGAUGGUAGUGCAGAGGAAGUGGAUGUACUUGGAGAGUAUCUUCAUCGGAGGGGACAUCCGCUCCCAGCUGCCUGAGGAAGCCAAGAAGUUUGACAAGAUUGACAAAAUGUUUAAAAAGAUAAUGUCAGACACAGUGCGAGACCCAGGCAUCAAGAGGUGCUGCCUGGUCCCAAACCGCCUAACAGACCUACGUCACCUGAGUGACGGUUUGGAGCGCUGCCAGAAGAGCCUGAACGACUACUUAGACUCCAAACGCAACGCCUUCCCUCGCUUCUUCUUCAUCUCAGACGAUGAACUGCUUAGCAUUCUGGGUAGCAGCGAUCCAGCCUGUGUGCAGGAGCACAUGAUCAAGAUGUAUGACAACAUCGCAUCCCUGCGCUUCGACACGGGGCCGAACGGCGAGCCAGUGGCCAGGGCCCUGGUGUCUGCGGAGGGGGAGAGGCUGGAGCUCAGGGAGGCCAUCCCAGCUGAGGGGCGAGUGGAGGACUGGAUGACCGCAGUUCUGCUGGAGAUGAGACGGACCAACCGGCUGAUCACCAAAGAGGCCAUUUACUUCUACUCACACCACAAGACCCGGGUGGAGUGGAUGCUUGGCUACCAGGGUGUGGUGGGGCUGGCGGCUAACCAGGUGUGGUGGACCUGGGAGGUAGAGGACGUCUUUCGCAGGACUGCCGCGGGCGACAAGCAGGCUCUGAAGCACUACGCCAAAAAAAUGCACCAACAGAUCGACGACCUGGUCCGACGCAUCACGCAGCCCUUAAAGAAGAAUGACCGGCGCAAGCUCAACACCGUGCUCAUCAUAGAUGUCCACGCCAGAGACAUCGUGGACGGCUUUGUCAGAGACAGUAUCACGGACGCUCGCGAGUUCGAGUGGGAGAGCCAGUUACGCUUCUACUGGGACCGGGAGCCCGACGACCUGUUUGUGCGCCAGUGCUCUGCCCAGUUCUCCUAUGGAUACGAGUACAUGGGCCUGAAUGGACGACUGGUCAUUACUCCACUCACCGACCGCAUCUACCUCACACUCACACAGGCCUUGUCUAUGUACCUGGGUGGAGCCCCAGCAGGGCCUGCAGGUACAGGAAAGACGGAGUCCACUAAGGACCUGGCCAAGGCUCUGGGCUUGCUGUGCGUGGUCACUAACUGUGGUGAAGGCAUGGAUUACAUGGCGGUGGGGAAGAUCUUCUCUGGCCUGGCUCAGUGUGGAGCCUGGGGCUGUUUCGAUGAGUUCAACCGCAUCGAGGCCUCUGUUCUGUCUGUCAUCUCCUCCCAGAUCCAGACCAUCCGCAACGCCCUCAUAUUGCACCUCACACGAUUCCACUUUGAGGGUCAGGAGAUCAGCCUGGACUCCAGAAUGGGGAUCUUCAUCACUAUGAACCCGGGCUACGCCGGCCGCACGGAGCUGCCUGAGUCUGUGAAGGCCCUGUUCCGGCCCGUGGUCGUCAUCGUCCCUGACCUCCAGCAGAUCUGUGAGAUCAUGCUGUUCUCUGAGGGCUUCCUCAUGGCCAAGGUCCUGGCAAAGAAGAUGACCGUGCUGUAUAAACUGGCCCGGGAGCAGCUGUCCAAACAGUCUCACUACGAUUUUGGUCUACGAGCGCUCAAGUCCGUCUUAGUGAUGGCGGGAGAGCUGAAGAGAGGCUCGCCCGAUCUUAACGAGGAUGUGGUGCUGAUGCGUGCUCUGAGAGACAUGAACCUUCCUAAGUUUGUAUUUGAGGAUGUUCCUCUGUUCCUGGGUCUGAUCUCAGACUUGUUCCCAGGGCUGGACUGCCCACGUGUCCGCUACCCAAGUUUCAACGAUGCCGUGGAGACCAUCCUGGAGGAGAAUAAAUACAUCCUCCUUCCCAAUCAGGUGGAUAAAGUGGUCCAGAUGUACGAGACCAUGAUGACCAGACACACCACCAUGGUGGUGGGACCCACAGGAGGGGGGAAGUCUGUGGUUAUUAACACCCUGUGCCAAGCCCAGACCAGGUUGGGGCUGUUGACCAAGUUAUACACACUGAACCCCAAAGCCAUGAGCGUGAUUGAGCUGUAUGGCAUCCUGGACCCGGUGACCCGAGACUGGACCGAUGGCAUUCUGUCCAACAUCUUUCGAGACAUCAACAGGCCCACGGAUAAAAAGGAGAGAAGGUACAUUCUGUUUGAUGGCGACGUAGAUGCUUUGUGGGUGGAGAACAUGAACUCUGUGAUGGAUGACAAUAAGCUCCUGACACUGGCUAACGGAGAGAGGAUCCGCCUCCAGAGCCACUGUGCCCUCCUUUUUGAGGUGGGAGAUCUGCAGUAUGCCUCUCCUGCCACCGUGUCACGUUGUGGAAUGGUAUUUGUGGACCCCAAAAACCUCCGCUACGCUCCCUACUGGCAAAAGUGGGUUAUCAACAGGCCUGCAAAAGAACAAGCAGACCUGAAGAAGCUGUUUGAGAAGUAUGUGCCCAGUGCCAUCGACAUGAUAGUGGAGGGUCUCGUAGACAGCAGACAGGGAGAGAAGCUGAAGACCAUCGUCCCUCAGACCGAUCUGAACAUGGUGGUGCAGUUGUCUGUCAUGUUGGAUGCUCUGUUGGAGGGGGAUGAGCUCAGCUAUGAGGAGUUGGAGUGUUUCUUCAUCGAGGCGCUUUACUGCUCUCUCGGAGCCGUGUUGCUCGACAACAGCCGCAAGAAGUUCGAUGACUUCAUUAAGACGCUGUCCUGUCUCACUACCGUUCACGACGAGGAAACGCCCGCUGGCCCUGGAGAACUACCUGGUUACCUGCCAACUCUCUAUGACUUCCACUUUGAUGUAAGCACAAAGAAAUGGGCACCGUGGAGUUCACUAGUCACUAAAUACAUCCACAAUCCUGACAGGAAAUUCGUCAACAUUCUUGUGCCCACAGUCGACACCACCCGUGCAAACUGGCUGUUGGAGCAGAUGGUGAAGAUCAAGAGGCCAGUGGUGCUGGUUGGAGAAUCUGGAACCUCCAAGACUGCCACCACCCAGUUCUUCCUCAGCAAUCGCAACUCAGACACGACGUCGGUUCUGACCAUCAACUUCUCAUCAAGAACCACGUCCAUGGACCUGCAGAGGAACUUGGAGGCCAGCGUGGAGAAGAGGACCAAGGGCACCUACGGCCCGCCCACGGGGAAAACACUGCUCGUCUUUAUGGAUGACCUUAACAUGCCACGGGUGGAUGACUACGGCACCCAGCAGCCCAUAGCUCUUCUCAAGCUGCUCCUGGACCGUGGCAGCAUGUACGACCGGGGGAAGGAGCUGAACUGCAAACAUCUGAAGGAUCUGGGCUUCGUCGCAGCCAUGGGAAAGGCAGGGGGUGGCCGCAACGAGGUGGAUCCACGCUUCAUCUCCCUGUUCAGCGUCUUCGGCAUCCCCUUCCCGGAGGAGGAGGCCCUGCACCUCAUCUACUCGUCCAUCCUCAAGGGCCACGCUCGGGCGUUUGAGGAAAGUAUUCGGAAAAUCUGCGACCAGCUGACCUUCUGCACACUGGAGCUAUAUAAGACCAUCAUUAAAGAGCUCCCCCCAACACCCUCCAAGUUCCACUACAUCUUCAACCUGAGGGAUCUGUCCAGGGUGUACCACGGCCUCACACUCACCAGCGCGGAGAGGUUCAUGACGGUGUCGCAGUUUGUGCGUGUGUGGAGAAACGAGUGUCUGAGGGUCUUCCACGACAGGCUGAUCAGUGAAGCUGACAAAACACUGCUCCAGGGACACAUUAAGAGUCUGAUAGAGGAGCAUUUCAGAUCUGAGCUGGAUUAUGCUACGAGAGAUCCCAUCCUGUUUGGAGAUUACCGAACAGCACUGAAUGAGUCUGAGCCCAGAGUCUACGAGGACAUUCAGGACUAUGAUGCGUGCAAAGCCCUGUUCCAGGAAAUCCUGGAAGAGUACAAUGAAAACAAGACCCGGAUGAAUCUGGUCCUUUUUGAUGACGCGCUGGACCACCUGACCAGAGUGCAUCGCAUCAUCAGAAUGGACAGUGGCCACGCCCUCUUGGUGGGGGUGGGUGGGUCGGGUAAACAGUCGCUGACCAAACUGGCUGCUUUCAUGGCAGGAUGUGAGGUGUUUGAGAUCGUGUUGAGCAGGGGUUACUCAGAGUCCAGCUUCCGCGAUGACCUGAAGAGCCUUUAUCUAAAACUGGGCAUGGAGGGCAGGAAAACGGUCUUCCUGUUCACGGAUGCCCACGUGGCUGAGGAGGGCUUCCUGGAGCUCAUCAACAACAUGCUCACCUCAGGUAUGGUUCCAGCACUGUUCCCUGAUGAUGAGAAGGAGUCCAUCGUGAACCAGAUCCGUGACGAGGCUGUGAAGAUGGGCUCUGAACCCUCUAAAGACAGUGUGUGGCAGUACUUUGUGAACAAGAGCACCAGCAACCUGCACAUUGUGCUGGGCAUGUCUCCCGUAGGAGACGUCCUCAGGACGCGCUGCAGGAACUUCCCGGGCCUGGUGAAUAACACUGGUAUUGACUGGUUCCUGCCUUGGCCUCCCCAGGCUUUGUAUGCAGUUGCUCAGUCUUUCCUGGGGGAGAAUGCGAUGAUCCCUGAGGCCCACACUGAGGCCGUGCUGGGUCAUGUGUGCACGGUGCACUCCUCCGUGGGUCAGUACAGCCGCCUAUUCCAGCAGAAGCUUCGCCGUAGCAACUACGUCACCCCCAAAAACUACCUGGACUUCAUCAGCACCUACUCCAACCUGCUGGAGGACAAGAACAUGUACAUCCUCGCUCAGUGUAAGCGUCUAGAGGGAGGCCUUGAUAAGCUGAAGGAGGCCAGCGUGCAGCUGGCGGAGCUGAACAGUAAGCUGGCAGAGCAGAAGGUGGUUCUGGCGGAGAAAUCCUCCGCCUGUGAACAGCUGCUGCAGGACAUCUCCACCAACACGGCCGUGGCUGAGGAGAAGAAGAAGCUCGCCGAGGAGAAGGCCAAGGAGAUUGAGGAGCAGAAUAAAGUGAUCGCGGUGGAGAAGCUGGACGCAGAGAGCUCGCUGGCAGAAGCCCUGCCUGCUCUGGAGGCAGCUCGCAUGGCCCUGCAAGACCUGGACAAGUCAGACGUCACCGAGAUCAGGUCCUUCGCCAAGCCACCCAAACAGGUGCAGGAUGUGUGCGAGUGCAUCUUGGUCAUGCGCGGCUAUAAGGAGAUCACCUGGAAGUCGGCCAAGGGCAUGAUGUCAGAGGCCAACUUCCUGCGCUCCCUCAUGGAGAUGGACUGUGACUCCAUUGGUGGUGGCCAGGUGAAGAAGGUGCGAGACCGUCUGAAGAACCUGAACACGUCCUUCGAGGAGAUGCAGGCCAUCAGCAAGGCCGGCUCCGGCAUGCUGAAGUUUGUGGAGGCUGUCAUGGGCUACUGCGAUGUGGCCAGGGAGAUUAAACCCAAGAGAGAGAAGGUGGCCAGGCUUGAGAGGAACUUCUUCCAGAGUAAGCGAGAGCUGGAGCGGAUACAGAGUGAGCUGGCCGCCAUUCAGAAGGAGCUGGGCACUCUCGGGGACAAGUACAGUGCUGCUACAGGCGAGAAGCUGCUACUGCAGGAGGAGGCAGAGCUUAUGGAGCGCAGGCUGAUCGCUGCAGACAAGCUCAUCUCAGGCCUGGGAUCAGAAAACAAACGGUGGACAGAGGACCUGGAGGAGUUGAAGGAGAAGCGUGUGCGUCUGCUGGGAGACUGUCUGAUCUGCGCCGCCUUCCUGAGCUAUGAGGGAGCCUUCAGCUGGGACUUCCGUGCUGAGAUGGUGUACGAGGUGUGGCAGGGGGACGUGCUGGAGAGAGGCAUUCCCCUCAGCCAGCCCUUCCGCCUGGAGAACCUCCUUACAGACGAGGUGGAGAUCAGCAGAUGGGGUUCAGAAGGUCUCCCUCCUGAUGAACUGUCAGUGCAGAACGGCAUCCUGACCACCAGGUCCAGCCGCUUCCCGCUGUGUGUGGACCCCCAGCAGCAGGCCCUCAGCUGGAUCAAAAAGAAGGAGGAAAAGAACAACCUCAAGAUCUCCUCAUUCAAUGAUCCAGACUUCCUGAAGCAGCUGGAGAUGGCCAUAAAAUAUGGCUUCCCCUUCCUCUUCCAAGACGUGGACGAGUACAUUGACCCGGUCAUUGACAACGUCCUGGAGAAGAACGUGAUGGGCACUGAGGGUCGUCAGGUCAUCAUGCUAGGAGACAAGGAGGUGGACUAUGACCCAAACUUCAGACUGUACCUCAACACCAAGCUAGCCAACCCCAAAUACUCCCCUGCAGUGUUCGGCAAAGCCAUGGUCAUCAACUACACAGUGACUCUGAAGGGUCUGGAGGACCAGCUGCUCAGUGUCAUCGUGGGGUUUGAGCGCAAGGAACUGGAGGAGCAGCGCGAACGUCUGAUUCAGGAGACAAGUGACAACAAGCGUCUCCUCAAGGACCUGGAGGACUCACUGCUGCGGGAGCUCACCACCUCCACUGGAAACAUGCUAGACAACGUCGAGCUUGUCCACACACUCGAGGAGACCAAGUCCAAGGCCAGCGAGGUCUUUGAGAAACUCAAGUUAGCCGAACACACAUCGGCCGACAUCGACAGGCUGCGGGACAGCUACCGGCCGGCAGCCAAGCGCGGCGCCCUGCUGUUCUUCGUGCUGGCUGAGAUGGCCCUGGUGAACAGCAUGUACCAGUACUCCCUUGCCUCCUUCCUGGAGGUGUUCGACUUCUCCCUGCGCAAGUCUCUGCCCAACUCCAUCCUGACCAAGAGGCUGAGCAACAUCAUGAACACACUCACCCUCAAUGUCUACAACUACGGCUGCACCGGUCUGUUUGAGAGACACAAGCUGCUCUUCUCCUUCAACAUGACCAUAAAGAUGGAACAGGCAGAGGGGCGCGCCCCACACAAACAGCUAGACUUCUUCCUGAAAGGGAAUCUAUCUCUGGAGAAGAGCAAAAGAGUGAAACCGUGUGACUGGCUGCCUGAUCAGGGAUGGGAGGAUAUUGUGCGACUAACCGAGCUGUUCCCUGAGGAGUUCGGCACCUUAAUUGAUGACAUCGAGACGAAUCCCAGUGACUGGAAGAAGUGGUAUGACCUGGACAGCCCAGAGCAAGCUCUCUUCCCCACGAAGUACAGGGACAGUCUCACGGCCUUCCAAAAGCUUUUGCUUUUGCGCUGCUUCAGGCUGGAUCGUGUUUACCGCGCCGUUAGCGACUAUGUCACCGUUACCAUGGGAGAGAAAUAUGUUCAACCCCCAGUGAUCAGUUUUGAGGCAAUCUUGGAGCAGAGCACCCCGAACUCGCCCAUCAUCUUCAUCCUGAGCCCCGGCUGUGAGCCAGCCAGUGACCUGCUGAAGCUCGCCGAGCGCUCGGGGUUCGGGACUAACAGACUGAAGUUCCUGGCCAUGGGACAGGGUCAGGAGAAGGUUGCCUUGCAGCUGCUGGAGACGGCGGUGACUCGGGGGCACUGGCUGAUGUUGCAGAACUGCCACCUGCUGGUGAAGUGGUUGAAGGACCUGGAGAAAUCCCUAGAGCGCAUCGCCCGGCCACACCCAGACUUCCGCCUCUGGCUCACCACAGAUCCCAUCAAAGACUUCCCCAUUGGCAUCCUGCAGAAGUCCCUCAAGGUGGUGACAGAGCCUCCCAAUGGGCUGAAGCUGAACAUGAGGGCCACAUACUUCAAGAUCCCCCUGGAUGCUCUAAUGAGCUGUGAGCACCCGGCCUUCCGCAGCUUGGUCUACGUACUCGCCUUCUUCCACGCCGUCGUGCAGGAGAGACGCAAGUAUGGCAAGAUCGGCUGGAAUGUGUCCUACGACUUCAACGAGUCUGACUUCCUGGUGUGUAUGCAGAUUCUGGACACCUACCUCACCAAAGCUCACACUCAGUGUGAUGCAAGGAUCCCAUGGGGCAGUCUUAAAUACCUGAUAGGAGAGGUGAUGUACGGCGGCAGGGCAAUAGACAGCUUUGACCGGCGGAUCCUCACCGUCUAUAUGGAUGAGUACCUGGGAGAUUUUGUCUUCGACACCUUCCAGCCCUUCCACUUCUACAUCAACAAAGACGUGCGCUACAGGAUCCCUCCGGAUGGCUACAAAGACGUUUAUGUCGCGGAGAUCGAGUCCCUGCCACUGGCCAACACGCCAGAGGUGUUUGGUCUCCACCCCAACGCUGAGAUCGGCUACUACACGCAGGCUGCUCGGGACAUGUGGACACACCUCAUAGAGCUACAGCCCCAAACAGGUGACUCUGGGGGUGGUAUCAGUAGGGAUGAAUAUAUCAGUCAGGUGGCACAGGACAUCCACAACAAGCUGCCCCAGGUGUUUGACCUGGACGUGAUCCGUAAGAAGCUGGGCCUGGACAUCUCCCCCACCGCCGUGGUCCUGCUCCAGGAGCUGGAACGCUUCAACAGACUCAUCCAUCGCAUGGAGCGCUCCCUCACUGAACUACAGAGGGCUCUAGCAGGUGAGGUGGGUAUGAGUGGUGAGCUGGAGGAGGUAUCCCGGGCCCUGUUUAACGGACAGAUCCCUGUCAUCUGGAGGAAGCUGGCGCCAGACACACUCAAAUCUCUGGGCAACUGGAUGGUUCACUUCAACAGACGCUACGAUCAGUACAGCUCAUGGGUGGAGGAAGGUGAGCCCAAGGUGAUGUGGUUGUCAGGCUUACACAUCCCAGAGUCGUACUUGACAGCGCUGGUGCAGGCCACGUGCAGGAGGAACGGCUGGCCCCUGGACCGCUCCACCCUCUACACACACGUCACCCAGUACCGGACUGCUGAAGAGGUGUAUGAGAGGCCAGGGCAGGGCUGCUUUGUGUCAGGUCUGUAUCUGGAGGGCGCUGACUGGGACGUGGAGCAGGGCUGUCUGGUGCGCAGUAAACCCAAAGUGCUGGUGGUCCAGCUGCCUGUGCUCAAGGUCAUUCCUAUAGAGACUCAUCAGCUCAAACUGCAGAACACUCUGAGGACGCCAGUGUACACAACCUCUAUGAGGAGGAACGCCAUGGGCGUCGGCCUGGUGUUCGAGGCUGACCUCUUCACCACCAAACAUCCCUCCCACUGGGUCCUGCAGGGAGUCUGUCUCUGCCUCAACACUGACUGACCCCCACACCCACCCUUUCAUUUUUCUACAACUACUGAUUUUAUUCACAUUUAAUUUAUUCAUGAGCUUUGAAAAUGAA